GUCACCUGCUGUGAGUUUGCUACUGCUGAGUCUCUCUUCUGGAAGGUGGAGGAGAGGUGGCUAAGAUGGCGACUGAGAUCACCACUAGGGGCAGACAGCGUGCCAUUGGACAUGAGGAAUACAGCUUGUACAGCAGCCUGAGUGAGGAGGAGCUGGUCCAGAUGGCCAUUGAGCAGAGCCUGGCAGACAAGACUCGGGGGCAGACCCCUGCUGAGACCACUGUGCCCUCUCAGACCAACCACCAGCCAGGCCAUUUCCACUCGUGGACCAGGUCCUCUUCGCCUCCUGAGAGUCCACCAUCCCGUGCACCCCUGGGCCUGUUCCAAGGGGUCAUGCAGAAAUACAGCAGCAGCCUGUUCAAGACCUCCCAGAUGGCGGCUAUGGAUCCCGUACUGAAGGCCAUCAAGGAAGGGGAUGAAGAAGCCUUGAAGGUCAUGAUCCAGGAUGGGAAGAAUCUUGCAGAGCCCAACAAGGAGGGCUGGCUGCCGCUCCAUGAGGCUGCUUACUAUGGCCAGCUGGGCUGUCUGAAAGUCCUGCAGCAAGCCUACCCAGGGACCAUUGACCAGCGCACACUACAGGAGGAGACAGCACUAUAUCUGGCCACAUGCAGGGAACACCUGGACUGCCUCCUGUCGCUGCUCCAGGCAGGGGCAGAGCCUGACAUCUCUAACAAAUCCAGGGAGACUCCACUUUACAAAGCCUGUGAGCGUAAGAACGCAGAGGCGGUGAGGAUAUUGGUGCGAUACAACGCAGACACCAACCACCGCUGCAAUCGGGGCUGGACUGCACUGCAUGAGUCUGUCUCCCGAAAUGACCUGGAGGUCAUGGAGAUCCUGGUGAGCGGCGGGGCCAAGGUGGAGGCCAAGAAUGUCUACAGCAUCACCCCCUUGUUUGUGGCUGCCCAGAGCGGGCAGCUGGAGGCCCUGAGGUUCCUGGCCAAGCAUGGAGCAGACAUCAACACGCAAGCCAGUGACAGUGCAUCAGCCCUCUAUGAGGCCUGCAAGAAUGAGCAUGAAGACGUGGUGGAGUUUCUUCUCUCACAGGGAGCUGAUGCCAACAAAGCCAACAAGGACGGCCUGCUCCCACUGCAUGUCGCCUCCAAGAAGGGCAACUACAGGAUUGUGCAGAUGCUGCUGCCGGUGACCAGCCGCACGCGCGUGCGCCGCAGUGGCAUCAGCCCCCUGCAUCUGGCAGCCGAGCGCAACCACGACGGGGUGCUGGAGGCGCUGCUGGCCGCGCGAUUCGACGUGAACGCGCCUCUGGCGCCCGAACGCUCGCGCCUCUACGAGGACCGCCGGAGUUCCGCGCUCUACUUCGCCGUGGUCAACAACAACGUGUACGCCACCGAGCUGUUGCUGCUGGCGGGCGCCGACCCCAACAGCGACGUCAUCAGCCCCCUGCUCGUGGCCAUCCGCCACGGUUGCCUGCGCACCAUGCAGCUGCUGUUGGACCACGGCGCCAACAUCGAUGCCUACAUCGCCACGCACCCCACCGCCUUCCCCGCUACCAUCAUGUUUGCCAUGAAGUGCCUGUCGUUGCUCAAGUUCCUCAUGGACCUCGGCUGUGAUGGCGAGCCCUGCUUCUCUUGCCUGUAUGGCAAUGGGCCGCACCCGCCCGCUCCGAGGCCCGGCCGCUUCCACGACGCUCCUGUGGACGACAAGGCACCCAGCGUGGUGCAGUUCUGUGAGUUCCUGUCGGCCCCGGAAGUGAGCCGCUGGGCGGGACCCAUCAUCGAUGUCCUUCUGGACUACGUGGGCAAUGUGCAGCUAUGCUCCCGGCUGAAGGAGCACAUCGACAGCUUUGAGGACUGGGCCGUCAUCAAGGAGAAGGCAGAACCUCCGAGACCUCUGGCUCACCUCUGUCGGCUGCGGGUUCGGAAAGCCAUAGGAAAAUACCGGAUAAAGCUGCUGGACACACUGCCGCUCCCAGGCAGGCUAAUCAGAUACCUGAAAUAUGAGAACACACAGUAACCAGCCUGGGAGGCAACGUGGUCUUCAGACUGUUUCCAUGACACCUCAGGUGGACCGCAUCCAGGAGCACCUGGGGUCAGAACGAGGCUGCAGAAUGUGAUCUUGCUUGGGUCUCUGUACUGGAGCUUCACCCAAAGCAAGCCCAAAGCAAGUGUGGAGUAGGCGAGGAACCUCCAGUUUCAAACUGUUGAUUGGAUCACAGACCUGCCUGCUCUGCCAUUGGGCAUUGUCGGAGACCUUCAGCCUGGGGCCAGGGCAGGGCUGGUCUGGGAAAGGCAGCCCAGGCAGGAAUCCUGGCCUUCAGCUGGAGAACUUCUAGGAAUGAGUUCAUCCACUUGAUACUACUUUGUCCAGCUACAAAUCCCUCCUGAACUCUGAGCUUUCAGACUGGGGAAGGGGGACCCUCAGUCCAAGUGCUUCAUUGAGUUCAAUAA